GGUGAAUUCAGCGGAGAAGGAGGGUGCCAGACCAGACGAGACCUAUGCGACUACGGCCUCAAACGGGGACAUCACAUUGCUCGCUGCUUUCUGAUGACGAACACUGAAGACUCCUAGGGCGGACGCCAAGCUCCAGGGAGGCGCCACAAUGCCCGGCCUCGGUAUGCUGAUAACGCCGCUGUUCAUUGCUGUCCAGUUGGUGGCUGCUGGUCUGGCGACCUCAGGUCCGAGGGAGAAGGUCGUGGAUGCAUCUGGUACCGCGAAGCUGAACUGUCCCCGUGGCAGGGAGGCGAGGAAGAGCAUGCUGCUCGCGGAGUUCCGCUGGUACCGGAACGAUCGACUGUUCAUGACGAAGCGAGCCAGAAGUGACAUGGCCGACUUCACGACCCGUGACCCGAGGAUCUCCCUUCAGCGAGACAGGCUGGUGAUCCGGAACGCACGUCCGUCGGACGCCGGCACCUACGGCUGCCACGUGAUCUGGCCGUUGCCGGAGCGGUGGCACAACUACAGCCUCCAGAUCACCGGAGCCGACUAUGACGACGGCUACAGAGACGACUACGGCGACGGCUACUGGGACUACUACGACGCCGACUACGCCAGCUAUGACUACUACCCUGACGACGAGCCGGUCGAGCGGGACGGCAACAGCACGGAGAAAAUCGCGGAGCUCUGCACUGCCUUCGAGCCUGGUGCGACGCCUGGGACGAACGGCUCGUUGGGGCCGCGUGCGCCCCAUUUCGACGAGACAGCCCGGCUGCGCCGGCUGGAGGUGGUGCUCGCCGGCAGCCCAGUCACCUUCCGCUGUCCGGUCAGAGGUUGCCCGCCGCCACGCCUCCACUGGCUGUAUCAGGGCCAGCCGGUGCUGAAAGUGCCGCACGUAGCCCGCGUCGCCACGUUCGGCGGCACCUGGCUCCGCCUGUCCAUGGUCGGCCUCUUCCAGGAGGGCAGCUACACCUGCGUGGCCGAGAACACACUGGGGAGCGUGCGCCACGUCGUGGAGCUCGUGACCACUGCCGACGGCCUGUACAAGGACCCGUUGAUCGAGCCGGGGUACCCGCGUAACGUGACGGCGCUGGCCGGCUCCAACGCGACGUUCGAGUGCCCCGGCUCCUGGGACUUCGACAUGGACCUCUUCUGGAUGUUCACGCGCUCGGACAUCGUGGAGGUGCACAACAUAUCUGACUUGAGCUCCUUCAACCGGUUCGCGAUCAGCGCCUACGAGCAACGCUACGACAUCAGCGGCCAGCAGCGGCUGGUGGUGCGGGGCGUCAGCGGCAACGACAGCGGCUUCUACACCUGCCUCAUGUACAACCACAUCGGCUUCGACGUAGCGAGCGCCCACCUGCGCGUGGUUGAAGAGGUGCCGCGGGCGGCGCUGCCCGUGCGGCCUGCCAACGCCAGCGCGCUGCUUGGCUCGCGCGUGACGCUUGAGUGUCCAGCUGCGGCUACCGCCACCAGCGGCGAGGUCAUCUGGCUGCGCUCCGAGACUGGCGCGGUCCAGCUGACGACGCCGCGGCAGCUGGAGCAGGCCAGGCGGUGCGCCCUGCCCCGCUCAGAGGUUGACGGCAGUCGUUUCAACACGUCCUCGCCGCCCCGUCUGAUCAUCACGAACGUGGCGGCCAACGACUCGGGGUACUACGUCUGCGUCGUCCACACUGCCUGGGACGUCUCAUACGCCUCGGCCUAUGUCGCAGUGGUGGAAGGUCCGGGCGGACUGCCGGCGCUGGCUCGCUGGGCAUUGUGGCUGGUGUCGGCGGCGAUCGCCGCCAUCGCCGCCUGCACGCUGCUCUCUGUGGCGCUCUGGUACGGCCGCCGCCGGGACAAGCGGCGCAUCCGCACCCUGACCAAGCGCGUGGUGAUCGAGGCGUCGCCGGAGGAGUUCGCCGCGCCCCUGGUGCGCGUCGAGCCGUGCAGGGUGUCGGAGGGCAGCGCGGCGCCGCCCGCCUACCUGCUGCCACUGGACCCGGCCUGGGAGGUAGCGCGCCAUCGGCUCGAGCUGGCCGACGGUCUGGGCGAGGGCUGCUUCGGCCGCGUGGUACGCGCCCGCCUGCGGCCGGCCGGCCAGCAAACGCACCCCGUCCGCAUCGUCGCCGUCAAGAUGCUGAAAGAGCACCACUGCGACGCGGACCUGAUGGACCUGGUCUCCGAAAUGGAGGUGAUGAAGAAGAUCGGACCGCAUGUGAACGUCGUCAGCCUUAUCGGCGCUUGCACGCGCGGCAGCUCGCUGAUGGUCAUCAUGGAGUACGCCGAGCACGGCAACCUCCUGACGUACCUGCGCGAGCGACGCGAGACGACAGAGUACGAGCGGCCGUUCGAUGUCGAGCUGCCCUCUCUGUACGACCUGGUCAACUUCGCCUUCCAGGUGGCCCGCGGGAUGGAGUACCUGGCCAGCCGGAAGUGUAUCCACCGAGACCUGGCCGCCCGGAACGUGCUGGUCGGCGAGAACAAGACGCUGAAGAUCGCUGACUUCGGCAUGGCUAGGGACGUCAAGAGCAAGGACUACUACCGCAAAGUCACUGGCGGCCGGCUGCCGGUCAAGUGGAUGGCCCCUGAGGCGUUGUUCGACCGUCUCUAUACCACCGAGUCUGAUGUCUGGUCGUUCGGCGUGCUGAUGUGGGAGAUCAUGACGAUGGGCGACGCGCCGUACCCGACCCUCAACAGCGUGGACGAGCUGGGCGACUGGCUGCGGCAGGGUCGGCGCAUGGCCCGGCCGCCCGCCUGUCCCGUCGGCUUGUACGACGUGAUGCUGGACUGCUGGCGUCUGGAGCCGGCCCGGCGGCCCUCGUUCGGCCGCCUGGUGCAGCGGCUGGACGGGGUGCUGGUGACGCUGAUGCUCAUGGAGUACGUGGCGAUGGCCUCGCCCCAGACCCACGUCGAGUACGCGAACGUGCCGCGGCCGGCGGGACCUUCCGCGUCGCCCUCCGCGCCGGCCUUGCCCUGACCACCGGGCACCUCAGACUGAAGGCGUCGAGCGAGCGGUCAGCGGGUCUGCAGGCAGCUGGACUCGUGCUCGUUUCGUCAGCGGACUGCCGUCACGUCCGUGUCCAAUAAGUGCUCAGGUUUGUUUUUACCAGUGUUCCUCGCCGGGCUUUUAGUUGAUGGUAACCCGGACCUUGGGUCGCCGGUGCGGCGCCUCGCUGGGGUGACCGUCGCCACAAGGACUGUGGCGUGGCAUUUCUUCUUGGACUGAACAGAAUGCAGCGCGGGUUCGCCUAAGCCGCUCGGCUCAUGUUUAAGGCCGUAUUUUUGUUUGUUUUUACAAGCGUUCUGCAUCGAAGUUUGAGUUCCUCUUGGUCCAGGCGCUGGAGAUCUCCGGUGUGGUGCCUCGCGAGGGUCACCUCCCGAGGGCUGGGGUGUAGUGUUUCUGCUUUGAUUUAACGGAUUAGCGGAAGCGCGGAUUAGCGAAUAGUACAGAUUAGCGGAUAGUACAAGUUAGCGGAACAGCUCGUCUUUCGCGUGAGGUUGUGCUUGUACAGUUCACACCACUUCGAAGUUUGUGAGCGCAUUCCCAUUGUGCGGGUGCAUGUCACGCACCAAGCAAAGCGUUUCGAAGUUUGUGAGCGCACUCCUAUUGUUCGGGCGCAUGUGACAUGCGAAGCCAGAGCAUGAUCCUGAUAGCCCAUUAUGAAGGUCUUUUUAUUUGAAAUGUUUUCGUUGCGAUUGUUUUGCGUAACGAAGCCAAGGUUGUCAAGUAUAAUGUUUAUUUUACUACCAGCUCGUAACCUGGAUGGUGUCUGGAGCGGUCUCAGAGUUUUAGUGGCAUAGUUGCUUUGACGGGUUUCAUCGGAGUAGAGACUCCCUACGUUACGAUCAUACCAAGGACUCAGGCACUUGUGGUGCAGCUGUGAUUUUUCUGCUGUGAUUUUUGCCGGCGGCGGAGUGUUUGGACUGGCGCACCUUGUGGUCGAAGAGACUCCGUAGUGAAUAUACAUGUAUUCACCUUCCAGUCAUUUGAAUAUACAG